AAAGUUGUAGAGAACUUAGCCACCUGCUUCCUGUCUUUCCAUAUUGGCAUUUCCUGUUGUGGCUCCACUGAACAGCUGUCACUCUCUUUGUCCUUGAGCAUUGGUCACAUUUUGCCAGAGGUUGGCUUGUAAGUUAAAUGGGUAUAGAUGUAACUCUGUUAGUUCUGCCACAUGACCUUUAAAGUGUUUGAGCACUGCUAUUAUGUCUCCUAUUUAAGUCUUCACUUUUCAGAGCUAAAUGUUUUUAUUUUUCUUUUUUUUUUUAAAGAUAUUAUGGAGAGAGAUGGGGUCUCAUAUGUUGCCUAGGCAAACUCCUGGCCUCAAGUGAUUCUCCUUGCCUUAGCCUCCAAAAGUGCUGGGUUUAUAAGCAUGAGCCACCAUGCCCCAGCCAUUUUAAUUUCUGUUAGCUUUUUCUUAUUUCUUCACCCUUCUGGUUGUUCUUGUAAGUGAGCUUAGUUUAUUCUUUUUUUUUUUUUUUUUUUUUUUUUUUUUUUUUUUUGAGACGGAGUCUCGCUCUGUCGCCCAGGCCGGAGUGCACUGGCGCAAUCUCGGCUGACUGCAAGCUCUGCCUCCCGGGGUUCACGCCAUUCUCCUGCCUCAGCCUCUCCGAGUAGCUGGGACUACAGGCGCCUGCCACCACGCCCGGCUAAUUUUUUUGUAUUUUUAGUAGAGACAGGGUUUCACCGUGGUCUCGAUCUCCUGACCUCGUGAUCCGCCCGCCUCGGCCUCCCAAAGUGCUGGGAUUACAGGCGUGAGCCACCGUGCCUGGCCUUUUUUUUUUUUUUUUUUUGACUUUGCUACUCUGAAGUACAUUUUAAGGUACAAAUUCAAGUUUUAUCUCCUUGACCAAAUCUUUCCUGAUAAUUCUAGACCUUCUUUAUAUUCUUAAUAUACUUUUAUCUUUACUCUUCAAUUUAAUUUUUUCUUAUUUUUGUAUUUUAUACUAGUUUCAUGAGCAUUUGUCUUCACUCUGCGACAACAAGCUUCUUGAAGGCAAAGACCAUAUUUUAAGUAUCUUUUGUGUCCUAGAUGCACUGAGUAAAAUUCCAGGGAUGCCGUUGAUCAUAAGUUUGUUAUAAUUUUUAAAAAUAGACUUUAAAAUUUAGAUUUACAGAAACAUUGAGAAGAUAGUGCAGAGUUCCUACCUAUCCUACACUGUUUCCCAUAUUAUUAACGUCUUACAUUCCUGUGAUCAUUUGUCGGUAUUAAUAAACCAAUAUUGAUACAUUAUCACAGAGACCAUACUUUAUCAGGUUUCCACAGGUUUUUUUCCUUAAUGUUCUUUCAUUGUCCCAGGAUCCUAUCCACAAUACCACAUUACAUUUAGUAAUUAUGUCUCCUUAGCUCCUCUUGGUUGUGGCAAUUUCUCAGACUUUCCCUGUAUUUAAUGACCUUGGCAGUUUUGAAGAUUACUGGUCAGGUUUUGUUUGUUUGUUUUUUUUUGAGACAGGAUCUCCCUCUGUCACCAAGACUGGAGUGCAGUGGAACGAUCUCAGCUCACUGCAGCCUCAACACUCUGGGGUCAAGUGAUCCUCCGACCUCAAUGUCCGGAGUAGCUGGGCCCAGAGAUGUGUGCCAUCAUGCUCUGCUAAUUUUUGUACUUUUUGUAGAGAUGGGGUUUCACCACGGUGCCCAGGCUGGUCUCGAACUCCUAGAACCAAGCAAUCUGCCCUCCUCAGUUUCCUAAAGUGCUGAGAUUACAGGCGUGAGCCACUGUGCCUAGCCAUGGUCAGGUAUUUUUAUAGAACGUUCUUUGGGAUUUAUCUGAUGUUUUUAUUGUGGUUAGGCCAAGAAUGUAAUAUGCUUUUGGAAGGAAGACCACAGAGCUAAAGUGUCAUUCUCAUCACAUAUUAGGGAUGUAUACUACCAGUAUGACUUAUCAGUGUUGAUGUUAACCCUGCUCAUCUGGCUUGAGGCAGAGUUUGUUUUCUGCAAAGUUACUCUUUCCUCCUCUCUUUCCUACUGUACUCUGGAAAAUCAUCACUAUGUACAGCCCACACUUAGUGGUGAUGAGUUAUGUUCUACCUCCUUAAGGAUGGUGUAUCUACUUAAAUUUCAUUGCUAAGUUAUUUCAGCUUUGGCCAUUGGGAGCUCUUUAAGUUGGGUCCUGUAUCCUUUCUCUUUGACAUAUCUCCAUCAUUGUGUGUGUACUUUCUUACUUUCUGGCAACAUAAGAUGCUCUAAGGUUCAUCUUGUAUAUUUUCUGCUCCAGUCCUGUAAUCAGUCAUUUCUGAAAGAGCCCUGGUACCUUUUAUUGAAGAAUGGUGUUACAAACAAAGAUCUGGGUGAUAGGUGUGCUUGUUGGUACUGAAGUGUUGUUGCUUCUAGGCCAUCUCAAGUGACAGAGGAAGGAGAUAUAUGUGUACAUAUUAACCUGUGUAUAUACACAUAUCUAUAUAUGUUUCUAUAUGUAACUGUGUCUUUAUUAAGCUAAACAUGACUUCAUGAUGUCUCCAACCCUAAUUCAUUACCACAUGUAUCAUUCUAACCUUACCUUGCUUAUAUGUAACCUCCUGCUUCACCAGUGAAAAACCUGCCUCCCACCAUCUGCCAGAAUUAAUUACUCAAUUCCAGCAUACAGGUAUAGUGGUUUCAGAACUGUUAAUCUGUAUACCUGUGGGAAACUAGUUUAUCAACUAGAGACUUACAGAUAGUUCUUUUUGCCUUUAGUUUUAUAGACAGCACUCAUUUCUAAUGUUUUUUAGGUCAGUAGCUUUCCCUACUUACUUCCUGAAGUCUCGUAUAUUUGUAAUAGAUUCAGAUUUUGUCACAUUCUGCAUUUUUUGCUAAGCUACCUUUAUCUCCUAAUUAAGAAUUUGCACACAUUAAAGUUUAUUCUUUGUGAUAUAAAUUUCUAUGGGUUUUGACAGACUUCUAGUAUUUUAUGUUUAACAUUACAGUAUCAUACAGAUUAGUUCCACAGCUCUGGAAAGUUUGUCUGUCACCAAUUUACUUCCCUCACACCAGCCUCUGGCAACCUCACUGAUCUUUUAACUGUCUCUAUAGUUUUGCCUUUUUUAGAAUGUCAAUAUAUUAUAUUUUAAAAAGUGUUUUUGAGUGGUCUUUUUUUUAAUGCUCACAGUAUUUUGUUAAGGAGUGGGAGAUAUAGGUACAAGAUAAAUAACAUUUAGAAGUUUUUUGUUUUUUUUUUUUUUUUUUUUUUUUUUUUGAGAGACGGAGUCUUGCUCUGUCGCCAGGCUGGAGUGCAGUGGCGCAAUCUUGGCUCACUGCAGCCUCUGCCUCCCGAAUUCAAGUGAUUCUUCUGCCUCAGCCUCCUGAGUAGCUGGGGCUACAGGUGCGUGCCACCAUGCCCAGCUAAUUUUUGUAUUUUUAAUAGAGACAGGAUUUCCUCAUGUUGGCCAGGGUGGUCUCGAUCUCUUGACCUCAUCAUGAUCUGCCCUCCUUGGCCUCCCAAAGUGCUGGGAUUACAGGCGUGAGCCAGUGUGCCUAGCCCAGUAUUUUUUUUUUCUUGAGGUAAGAUUCCUAUAAAAUACCAUUUAUGAUUUGAAAUAUGUAGUUAACCAUUUUAAAUCUACAGUUAAGUGGCUUUUAGUUCAUUCACAGUGUAACAUGUGCAACCACCACCACUGUCAAACUCUAGAACAUUUUCAUCACCCCAAAAAGAAACCCCAUACCUAUUAAUCAGUCCUUCUCUUUGUUCCCUGGCAACCACAGUCUGAUUUUUGUCCUGUGGGUUUGCCUAUUCUAAACAUGUCACAUAAAUGGAAUCAUAUAAUACCUGGCCUUUUGGGUUUUUUUUGUUUAUGUUAUGUUAUGUUAUGUUAUGUUAUGUUAUGUUAUGUUAUGUUAUGUUAUUUGAGACGGAGUCUCACUCUGUCUCCCAGGCUGGAGUGCAGUGGUGUGAUCUCGGCUCACUGCAACCUCCGCCUCCCGGGUUCCAGGGAUUCUCCCACCUCAGCCUCACGAGUAGCUGGGAUUACAGGUGCACACACCACACCUGGCUAAUUUUUUCUGUUGUUGUUUUGGUAGAAAUGGUUUCACCAUGUUGGCCAGGCUGGUCUUGAACUCCUGACCUCAAGUGAUCAGUCCACCUCAGCCUCCCAAAGUGCUGGGAUUAUAGGCGUGAGCCAUUGUGCCCUGCCUGCCCUUUUGUUUUUAGCUUCUUUCACUUAACAGUGUUUUUAUUCAUCCAUGUUGUAGCAAGUAUCAGUACUUCAUUCCUUUCUUAUGGCAUAGUAAUAUUCCAUUGUAUGGAUACACCACAUUUUGUGUACCUGUUCAUCAGUAGGCUGUUCUGAAUAAUGCCACUUUUUUGCUAUUAUGAAUAAUGCUGCCUUGAAUAUUCUUGUAUAAGCUUUUGUUUGAACAUACGUUUUCAAUUCUCUUGAGUAUGUAACCACUGUGUUUCUUUUGAUAAGUUUAUUAUCAUAUAAAGUAGAAAGUUAUCCAAUGGCUUGACUUUGGAUAAAGUGCUGAAAGAAUGCUACUUUAUCCUGGAAUAUGGUAUUCCUUAGUGAAUACUGAAAUCACAUAAUUUUCUUGUUGUCUUUAUAGAAUAAAGAAUUUUGGUCCAGAUAGGGUAACAGUAGAUAGCCUUCCUCUAGAAUUCUGUCAGAAGAACAUCCUGGGUUAUGUGAACCAUUCAGUUAUCUGUCUGAGAGCAGCAGGUGUUCUCUCACUGUGCAGUUGAGUUAUGAGGUCUGCUAGUGGUCUCAAGCAGUCUCCCAGUGUAUGAAUUGCGUUUAACAUUAUGUAUUCAAGCUGGGCACAGUGGCUCACGCCUGUAAUCCCAGCACUUUGGGAGGCUGAGGUGGGUGGAUCACGAGGUCAAGAGAUCGAGACCAUCCUGGCCAACAUGAUGAAACCAUGUCUCUACUAAAAAUACAAAAAUUAGCCGGGCGUGGUGGUGGGUGCCUGUAAUCCCAGCUACUCGGGAGGCUGAGGCAGGAGAAUUGCUUGAACCCAGGAGGCGGAGGUUGCAGUGAGCCGAGAUUGCGCCACUGCACUCCAGCCUGGUGACAGAGUGAGACUCCGUCUCAAAAAACAAACAAACAAAAAAACCCGUUAUGUAUUCAGAGGGAUAGUAGGCAGGAUUCCCAUUCUGUAAUCUAUUUGGCAUCAAUGAUGUUACAGAGAUUUUAUUCUGACUAACCACAUUCCCUCAGGUUUGAACUAUGAUAGAAUGGCAUCAAAUAUUGUUUUCCUUUUUUUUAUUUUUUGAGAUGAAGUCUCUCUGUCUCACCCAAGCUGGAGUGCAAUGGCGUGAUCUCAGCUCACUACAACCUCUGCUUCCUGGGUUCAAGCAAUUCUCCUGCCUUAGCCUCCCGAGUAGCUGGGAUUACAGGCACCCGCCAUCAUGCCUGGCUAAUUUUUGUGUUUUUGUAGAGACAGAGUUUCACCAUGUUGGCCAGGCUGGUCUUGAACUCCUGACCUCAGGUGAUCCUUUUUCUACUUCAACACCUGACCCCAAAGCUUCGUUUUGCAGUGAUUGCUUUGACACCUUUGCUUUGACAAAUUCAUUUUCCUCAGGAAGACUUGGCAAAAGUUUUCUUCUUUUGCCAGUUUGGGGCAACCUGCCCAAUUCAUUGAAACCUAUUGUUGUUUUUCAGAUUUCUUGAAAACAAGGAACAUUCUUUGCUGUAGCUUAUUUAUUUACCUAUUUAUUUAGAAACAGGGUCUCACUUUGUCGCCCAGGCUGGAGUGCAGUGGUGCAAUCAAAGCUCACUGCAGCCUGGACCUCCCAGGUUCAAGGGAUCCUCCUGCCUCAGCUCCCUGAGUAGCUGGGACUACAGGUGUGUCCCACCGUGUCUGGCUAAUUUUUGCAUUUUUUGUAGAGAUGGGGUUUUGCCAUGUUGCCCAGGCUGGUUUUGAAUCCUGCGCUCAAGCAACCGCCUCGGCCUCCCAAAGUGCUAGGAUUACAGGUAUUAAUCUCUGGAGAAGACACAUCCACAGUUAGCACUUUCUUCAGAUGCUGACGCUCGGUGAACAGUUGCCCUUGGUCACAAGAUUUAGAAGACACAGUGUCCAUCCUCCCAGAUUGGAUCUCUUUUUCAUAUGGAUCUUCUGUUUCUAUGUCUUUUUUAAAAAUAACUUUUUGGGAAACCUUUUGGAUUACAACUGUUCAUCCUCACCUAUGCAAAGAAAGGGAAGCAAUUAUUGCUGGGAUUUUGAGGAGAUCGAACGGUUGGAAGUAAGCAGCCUUGCCCAAACGUCCAGUGCAGUGGCCUCCAGUACCGAUGGCAGCAUCCACACAGACUCCGUGGAUGGAACACCAGACCCUCAGCGCACAAAGGCUGCCAUUGCUCACCUGCAGCAGAAGAUUUUGAAGCUCACAGAACAAAUCAAGAUUGCACAAACAGCCCGGGACGACAACGUUGCUGAAUACUUGAAGCUUGCCAACAGUGCAGACAAACAGCAGGCUGCCCGCAUCAAGCAGGUCUUUGAGAAGAAGAACCAGAAAUCUGCCCAAACUAUCCUCCAGCUGCAAAAGAAACUUGAGCACUACCACAGGAAGCUCAGAGAGGUGGAGCAGAAUGGGAUCCCCCGGCAGCCAAAGGAUGUCUUCAGGGACAUGCACCAGGGUCUGAAGGAUGUGGGAGCAAAGGUGACUGGCUUCAGUGAAGGUGUGGUGGAUAGUGUCAAAGGUGGGUUUUCCAGCUUCUCCCAGGCCACCCAUUCAGCAGCAGGCGCUGUAGUCUCAAAGCCCAGAGAGAUUGCCUCACUCAUUCGGAACAAAUUUGGCAGUGCAGACAACAUCCCCAACCUGAAGGACUCUUUAGAGGAAGGGCAAGUGGAUGAUGCAGGGAAGGCUUUGGGAGUGAUUUCGAACUUUCAGUCUAGCCCAAAAUAUGGUAGUGAAGAAGAUUGUUCUAGUGCCACUUCAGGCUCAGUGGGAGCCAACAGCACCACAGGGGGCAUCGCUGUAGGAGCAUCCAGCUCCAAAACAAACACCCUGGACAUGCAGAGCUCAGGAUUUGAUGCACUACUACAUGAGAUCCAGGAGAUCCGGGAAACCCAGGCCAGACUAGAGGAAUCCUUUGAGACUCUCAAGGAACAUUAUCAGAGGGACUAUUCCUUAAUAAUGCAGACCUUACAGGAGGAGCGAUAUAGAUGUGAACGAUUAGAAGAACAGCUAAAUGACCUAACAGAGCUCCACCAGAAUGAAAUCUUGAACUUGAAGCAGGAACUGGCAAGCAUGGAAGAAAAAAUCGCAUAUCAGUCCUAUGAACGGGCCCGGGACAUCCAGGAGGCCCUGGAGGCAUGCCAGACGCGCAUCUCCAAGAUGGAGCUGCAGCAGCAGCAACAGCAGGUGGUGCAGCUAGAAGGGCUGGAGAAUGCCACUGCCCGGAACCUUCUGGGCAAACUCAUCAACAUCCUCCUGGCUGUCAUGGCAGUCCUUUUGGUCUUUGUCUCCACUGUAGCCAACUGUGUGGUCCCCCUCAUGAAGACUCGCAACAGGACGUUCAGCACUUUAUUCCUUGUGGUUUUCAUUGCCUUUCUCUGGAAGCACUGGGACGCCCUCUUCAGCUACGUGGAACGGUUCUUUUCAUCCCCUAGAUGAUGCUGGCACAGAAGGCAUUGUUCCCCACCCUCUGGCGAGUGCAUGCAGCAGAGAGUUAGACAGCAACUUACCUACUCUGAAGUUUUCUACAACAACAAGAGUUGAGUGAAUCUGUUUACAUUUAGAAUAAUGUUUUUUUCUUCAAGAGACGCAAUUGCAAUAGUAUUUUUUAGAUUUUAUCCAAGAAGUUUUUUGGGCGAAAAUCUUGGAUCAUUUUUAUGUAGCAUGAUUUUCCUUGGGAUGCAAAUCUUAAAACAGUCCUUUAAUAUGAACCAACAAUCUGGAGCACACCGAAGGGCAAUCUAAAUUGUGGCUUGAAGGACUGCACUAAAACCCACUAAAAAGAUGCGAAAACCUGAUUAGGGCAAACCAGUUAAACCUAACACCCUGCCUUGUCUGGGCUCAUCACCUCUCCCUAUCCCAGACUAACUUUACUGUGAAAUCCUACCACAUUCCAUGUCUGAAUUUUUUGAUUCGGGGUGGAUUUUCGUUGUCCGUGGAAGAACACAUGGAUCUCUCUGACUUUCUCACCCAAGUUGGCCACUUACGCUAACCCUGGAAGUAUGACCACUUUUGAACCUGCCCCUUAACCUUUACGAGGAUACAAAAGUGAAAGCAUCAUCCCCCAAAGGAUCACUGCACAGUCCUACUACAGUAUUUUUAAGUAGCCCUCUAAAUACUUAAUUUUAAGCAAAAUCCCUUGGCCGCACUUUUAAGGUUUUUUUUAUAUGUGUAUAGUUACCAACCUAAAAAUAAAAAAUCCGAACAGCAUACUUGAAGAAUGUAAUACUCAAACUCUCAGUGCUUCCUUAUGGUUUCUAAUAGGAUUUUUUAUUAUUGUUAUUAUUAUUAUUGGGUUUUUUUGGACAGGGGUGGGAGGGUCUUUUAUUUUUCCUUUGAAAUAAAGAAGUGAUGUUUUUAAAUGGAGAAAUGUGUGGAUAUUUAAGUGUGCUGCUCCCUCUUGUCUUGAAACAGUUUGAGUAAGAAAGUCUUGCUGUAAAUGCUGCCCUCUGCUGCCUUUGUUUUGAGAUGCAGUUUAAACUCCCUCUGGCUGCUGCUGCUGCUUUUUGGUGUCCCGACAUCCCUACGCCCCCGUUUUAUGGGUUUGGCUUAGUUGAAGAGGAAAGGGUUGUGCAAAGAGAGCAGGAGGCUGUUUCCACAAACCAGUGUAGUAGGAUAGGGAUUUUUUUUUUUUUUGCCCCAAGAAAAUGUUCACCCAGUGAUCUUGGGCUGGGGUUUAGGAAAAGUUGAGACUUAAAGUCAUAAAUAAGUCCUUGUGUUUCCUUAAUUUAUUUUGUUAAUACCCCUAAUUACAACCAAAGUGAUGAUGUGGAGUCUUCUGUCUUCAUUUUGUCCCCAGCAUUCUUAAUUUCAAAGCUUUAUUCUGUCUGCCUAAGAGAAUCAACCAAAGGUGAUUCUCCUAAAGAGCAUGCUCGUGAAGGAAAUGUCAGGUUAGCAGGACCCAAGUUUUGGGUGUGAAAUGUUGCCAACUUCCUAUAAUGUAAACGGACUUGUUAACCUAACCUAAUUAUGCUCAGUGGACUUCUAUAGAUGGUUUUGAAAAAUGAACUGAGCUGCCUUCCCCCAUCCCAUAACCAGUUCCAUCAUCCUGGUGGAACUUGAACAUUUAGAGUUUAUCUAGAGAGCUUGGUUAAUCUUUCCAUAUUAUUUGUAGUAUUGGUCACAAAUGCUGUGCCCUCUUAGCCUCAUUCUGUGCAACCAAGUGCAUAUAAGAUGCCCUGAAAAGAGUAGCAAAGUAUGCUUUGCCUGUUCCCCCUUACCAGGAAAUUCCUUCAGAACUAGAUUUGCAUUGCCCUGCCUGUCUGAAAGGACAGUUUACCUAAUGGUGCCAGCCUCCUUUUGCUUUGGCAAGCUGGAUUUCUCAGAGCCAGCAUGUUGUUUCCAUAACUACUUUGAUAUUUUAACUCAGGUACCCCAGUCUUCACCCCAACCUCAGCUGAUUGUAGUACACCUGCUAGCUCUGUUGCCCCCUCAAAACUGCACCCAGAGCAGGGCCACAAGGGUGAUAUUUUUCUUUAAAAGAAAAUAAUUAGAACCAAUUCAUGUUCAUGCCAAAAACAAAUUGUCCCCAAGCCUAUAUAUAUUAAAAUGUUAACUUUGCCUAAAAAUAUCGCAGUGACUUUUUAGGCAGGAGUGCCAAAGGACACUAUGAACUUUUUGAACUAACAUUUUCUCCUAACUUUCUGCUUUAGCGUAAUUGCUCAGAGUAGAGAGCCCCCGCAAAGUUAUUUAAAAGAUGCCCUAGCAGUAAUCCACCAGUUUUUCUAAGCUAGAACCUUUGAGUCCCCCAAACUGCCUGAAGACUUAAGUUUUGUGGGCACUGGAAGUCACUUUGAUAGAUGGAUUGAAACUGUUCCUAUUUGCCCUGGGACGGUUUCUAUCAAAGGAAGGUUUUCACCUGUAGAAAGCCCCCUGUGCUCCAGCCAAAUAGUCCCAUGCUGACUUUCUAUCUUCCUUUCUCAAACUGUCUUAGGAAGGACCUUCAGUGCAGAUCAGGUGCAGUAAUGGCUUUCUAGCCCUCUUGUCCCUUAAUUAUUCACCAGACCCAGAAGUUGUGUGCAUUUAAUGCUGUUUGUAACCAUGCAUCUGUUUUCAUUCUUUGCUGUACCUUUUGCUGCCCAUCCUGUUACUUUUGAGUUUCUUUCAUUGUGGUUGUUCUUGGGUUCUUUUGUCUUUUCAGAGCUCUUCUAUAACCUUGCUCUAGUGGCUUAACAGUUGUUCUGGGUGGAAACUUCCCCUCAUUUGAAUGCUCCUCUAAAAAAAAGAAAGAAGAUAAAACUAUAUUCAUUCCCUUUAAAAUGAAACAUUCCUGGAUUAUUUGUCCAUGCCUCUAGCCUGGGUGAGUGAAGCUGGCUGUGUUGGCCUAGGUGAUCGUUCAGGUUGUAGAAUGCGCAUUUUACAUUGUUUAUGAUAAUUGAAGGGUACUUCUGUCUGCUCCAAUUUCCAUUCCUUGGUAUACUCAGUAUGUCCUAGUAAGGAAGGCUUUCCACUCUACUGGCUCCUUAAGAAGCAAAAGUAGGUUAAAUUUUAUACUUCACUGAUUAGGGUCUUCUCUCUCCCCUGUUCUAAAUGGAGUAAAAGUCUGAUGCCAAGACAAAUAUUGGAAGCGAGCCUUCCUCACUAGCCAUGUCCAAAUAAUGAGCGUAUUUUCAUGUGGUCUUCACCGCAUUUAGUUUUGUUUCUGAUUUCAUGUUCCUUUGAGGUACAGUCAGAUGAAAAUGCUGAGUUCUGAGAGAGUUCCAAUGAGGAGCUGCCUUUCAGCUUUGGAAAAUAUGCGUCUAAAACAAAACCAAACAUUAUUGUAAUCUGACACAGGCAAAAUUAUGGUUCCCACACCCCAACCCCAAAUGAAAUCUGGGAUUUUGAAUGUGGCUCUAACAGUUAACAUUACUGUCUGUAUGUCGUGUAUGCUAGGUUGCUAGGUGAUAUCCUCAGUAGGGAUUGACUACUAGACUGUGUGUUUUAUCAAAGUGUGUAAGAAUAAAAACUCACUUGCACGAAUUGAAACAUAAAGAAAUGACACUUGUGAACGUGUGAACGUUAACACUGUAGUUGAUAGAUCUUAAGCUGCUAAUUGUUGAGAGAGAUUUAAAUUUAUGUUCUGUCUGGUCGCUGCAGAUUCUCAGCAGCACUUUUACUGUAUAUAGAAAUUGAAAUAAAGACCUCAGCUAUUAA